CACUGUAUGGACAUUUAAAGGAGCCACUCAACGGCGCACAUGAGCGCGCUAUGGCUGCACCAUCCGCGGAUUCCGUUCUUUUCCCGCCUCUGGACAAGUGUCUAAGCGGAGAGCAGCAACUGCUGUCAUGGAAGGACGCGUUCAUUGCGCUUUCUAGCUCGAACCGUGGCCGCGAGAGCGCAUUCCUCGAGCGCUUCCUCACCCAUCAGACCAAUGUCGCCACUCUAAGCAAGCCGUACGAGCCUUUUCAGGCACCGUCCGCCCAGUCCAAGUCGGCCUUCGAGACCAAAACCGCCGCAAUCAACGUGCCAUCGUCGGAGGACGGCCAGUACGACAUCAGCCAGAUCAAGGAAGAUGCGCUUUGGCUGUCGAAGGAGGCCAAGGUCGACGAGGUGUCUGCGCUGAGAAUUGCGCUUUUGGAAUGGCAGACGCGGCCCGCCGCGCAGCUGCUGAGCGGAUUCACGGAAGAGGAGGCUCUUAGCGUACAAUCGGCUGCAGGUGGCGCGAACCUGGGAUCCUCGACUUUCCUCCCGAACUCCUCCAUUCUCGCCGCGGCGACGGACGGCCUGGGGCAGAAUUUUGCGGCUUUCGCGUCUGCCGAGCAACGGCGCCUGCGCAUCCUGGAUACCUACCUCUCGGAGCGGACACAUAUCCUGAAGCUAAGCGAUUUGCUGGUCCGCAUUGGCUCCGCGGCGCUGAAGACGGAAACAUCGGCCGAGACGAGGGACAAGGGAACGUCGAAGGUGCCCUGGGUUGCGGAGCUUGGAAAGAGUGUUUUCCAGGCACAAUGCACGGCGGCAGCUUUCAAGAGUAGCUUUGAUGCCUUGCGUGCGCGGUUCCAGGCCCUUGCUGAGGGUAGUGGCUGGUAUCAGGCCGAAGGCGGCAACUCUGACGCGGAAGAGAUUUGGGGACACUGUCAACUCACGGAGGCUAUAUCUCUCCUUCAAAUCAUCUUUGCGCAAGCCGACACGAAGCCCGAGGCCUUGGAGGCACAGACUCUCAUAGACUGGUUUGACAUGACUGCUUCUUAUGACUUCUUCAAGUGUGUCCAACUGCCCUUCCUGAGCCAGCAAGAAUUGCUACCUUCCAUUCAGGUUCUUGUUUCCAUUGUCUGCUUGACUCUGCUCGAUCUUGACGCGGUUCUUGCACGCAUUUUGGGCGAGGCAGAUGUUGCCUCAGCCACGUAUAUUACCGAUGAGGAAUGCGUUCGAAAGCUCACCGAGUUGUUUAUCGCAACCGGUAAUCAAGGACCAUCCCCAGCAAGCCCAGCAGUUUUCGCCUGGACCAUCAUUGCACUCGCUGCGAAGAACAACCUUAACGGAAUAGUUGCAGCACGGGAUAACCCAGCAGCUUUAGUCUCUGGUGAACCAUCAAUGGCGGAAAAGGUGGUUGACACCAUCUCGGAUAUCCAGUUUGAUGAGGAUCCUUUUGUUUUUUUGGCAACCGCAUCAGUAGAUGGCGCCCAUAUCUUCGACCUGAUAGCGGAGCUCUCAUCAAUUCUGACUUCAAACUUCGAUGGUAGGCUCGGGUACGGCUACGGCGAGAAGAGUGUCAAUAUUGACCUCGAUUGUCGCCUGGAAGCUAGUAUGCGUUUGAGGCUGCUGAAUCUAAUCCGUGAUGGCUCCUUCGCGGUUGAGUAUAGUCCUGAGGUCAUCCUAGGCACACUCGCGGUCCUGAAAGGUGGACAGACCUACUGGGACUUUACUGAACAAGAUUCGAGGAGGACCGAAGAUCCGGUCAUGAAAGCAUUCCUCGAAGGCUCGGAGACGAAUAUUCUUGGCCAGGCCGAAGUACGGUUCCCCUAUGAGACGCUCCCUCUGUUACAAUUUUACAAGGCAGUGUGCUUCGGAAGUCAGGCCGAUGAAGAAGGCAACUUGGUCAUAGCUCAAAAGUUAUUGUCAAGGACCCAGUUCACCCAAGUCUUACCCCCGAGGUUCGCUGGUUACACCACGAUUCGCGAAGAGGAGAACGCCUUUUCCGUACAACUUCUCGAGGACCUCAGCCUUUUCUCAAGCCGGAAGGGCUCCAGACGCCCGGCGCCUCGCCAAGCGAUUGGCAACGAGUUGGUUCUGGCCGAUGAGUCGGAGCCGAGCGAAGAACACAUCAUCCCUGCCGGCACGAUAGGAUAUGUGCUCAACCCUGAUGUCAAGCCUCACGUCGUAGCAUGGUCGCAUAAGCACUCUGCUCUGCGAUACUUGUCUGUUUCUCUCUUGAGCAUUCUUUCCGGCAGCGACCUGGUCGAAACCGCGCAACAGAAGACGAUGAGCAUUGACGAUGCCAGUGAGUUUAUUGGACUGCUUGCGAUGCUCGUCACGGCUUCUGUGAGAGUGGCAAAGGCCAAUGACUUGGAGCCCACUUUCGGAGCUCAAAGAAUCCUCGAGGAUGCUAGUGAUGGACUGAAUCGCAACCAGGACAUUGUCAGCUUGGUUUUCGACAUUUUCGAGCAGGAGCUACAGAGACUGCGUGAGCGUCCCAACAACGCAAGCUCGUUAAGUCUGCUCGUGAACUGCCUUUACUUCAUACACGCCUUGGUGGCCGUUCUGCCGAACAGAAUAUGGCCUUUCUUCGCUCGGAGUAGAUUGCUCGAUAUUGACGGUAUCGGUGGCAGUUUAAUAGCCGUCGUUUCGGGCACCGAAAUGGUCACUGGUCGUUACGAUCUGCUCAUUGGAUGCGUCAGACUAUUCGAGGCUUUGGCUGAGGACUCUGUCAAGCACUCUGUUUCUAACAAGCUGGGCACGAAGGCUGUAGCACGCUUUUCUGCUGCCAACUCCAUGGGAGGUGGCUCGCCCGAAAAGAUCAUGAGCAAGGUCCUUUUGAGCUUUGCAAAGACAUUUGUCGGCGUUUUUGAGAGCUGUCCCAGCUGGCGAUUCAAUCUUGUAGAGCAGAAAAUGGUACUCAACUCGAAAAUCACGUCCAUUUUCGACAGCAUCUUGCGCACCGUCUACGGCUUCGACGACGAGGGGGAGAAGCCCUCGGACAAGCUUUGCGGUGUGCUCGCUCCUACGGCGGAAUACUUGCUGGACGUCUUCCAUUCUGUCACGGCUCACGACAUCCCGACUCAUGCUCUUUUGAACAUCUUCUACUCCGGAACAAAGCCACCUCCGUCGUCCACGCCUGCGCGACUCACCCAGCUUUGGACGUCUCAGACUACCGCGGCGGUGGCUUGGGCGACUACCGUCCUCCGGGCGGGAGUACUGCUGAACCGUCCUGCAUCGCACAUUGAGAAGCAGCUUUUCAAGGCAUCGCCAUUGUUGGCUCGUUUGUCCAUCGCUCACGAGACUUUCAAGUCGCCGGUGAUGAGGCUGCUUGAGGCUCUCGUCAAGAGUGCUGCCAGAGGGGAGGCCGAACCGCCCUCUCUUCUGGGCCACUUGGGCCCGGAAACGGCGAAGAGCUUCCUCAGCGUCAUGUCUUCGAUGAGCGGACCUCUGAAAGACACGCAGGUUGAGGUCGAUAUCUGGAGGUUGCUGUCGACGGUUGUGAGCAACAAGCAGCAGUGGUUUUCCAUCUAUCUCCUCACCGGCAGCACACCAAGGGACUCUCUGAGGACAACGAACAAGCAGGCCGCGGGCCGCCCCCGUGGAAGGCCACUGCUGACCUCUGCCCUCGACCAGCUGUGCGAUAUUAACAGCCUGGAGGCGCGGCGGGCCGUGGCCAUGCUGGAGUUCAUUUCCCUUGCCCAGAACCACUGGCCUUGGGCGGUGACGAGCAUGCACAGGCACCAAACGUUCCUCUCGAGCAUCAUGGAGUUUAUUAAGAACAUACAGCCCAGCCCAGCAAACGCAUCGAUAGACACCGUGGUUGCGGACUGCGUCAAGAUUCACAUGGCCUCUUUGAUUGCUGACAUUGGCGCCAUGUGCCUGCAUGCGGCACGCCAGCUGAGCGAUAUCAGGCCUGUGCAGCAUGUGAUACAUAAGCUGGGUUACCUAACCAGCCACGGCGUCGAGGUUCCUCCGUACAACCAAUCAUUGCACACGAACCUGAAGAAGAACCUUGAAAGGAAAUUCCCCGGUUGCAAGCUCUCCAACUUCAAGAAGACGCUUCUCACCAAGACUGACUUUGGCCGCAACUACUUCUACGAUCUCGACUAUGCAUCGGAGGUUCUUGGCUUUGAUGUCACGUGGGCUGGUAACAAAAACCAGGGCUUUGCGAAUGAGUUUGAGAGAGCCAACGUCAACUUGUCUCUUGUGGAAGCCAAGAUUAUGCUUCUGAAGAGCUGGAAGCUCCUUGCGAUCGAGCUUGGCAGCAUCAUCAACAAGGACCACCGUAUCGAGGAGAUUCUCUCUCCAGUGGUGGAGGACUGUCUGAAGUCAAACCAGCAGUCCAGCGGGUCACAGGCGCUGUUUGGGCGCUUGGUGCACGUCAGAGCGGACUUUGCCUUUGUCCUGAUGCAGAAACUGGUCCAGGCAGAGUGCAAGAGCAGCCACGUGCGAUCCUUGUUCCGCGUCGCGUGGGACACCAUCCGGUUGUCUGGGCAGGACUUUGAGAUAGCGUUUGUCGGCGAGAACGCAGACUACUACAGGACGCUGCUGCGGAUACUCUUCCUGACGCUGCAACCUCACCUUGGUGGGACGGCCCCUUCGGAGGUGCCAAAGAGCCCCGGAAAAGGCCUUCAGCGGGCCACACCGACAAUGUCGUCGGAACUGCUCGAGAUACUCAAGGAAGUCGUCGCCAAGGGGCUGCGGUCGCUUGCGAACCAGCUGCACGAGGACCAAGAGAGCGUAUCGCCGUCGGACUUUGUGCUGCUCAGCGCGAUACUGCAAACGAUACUGCGGAUUCCGGGCAUGCACACGAUCAACUCGCAGGUGGCACUGCUCUUUGCCAACAACAACACCAGCCGGUACGCCGUCAGCCUGUUCACGUGGGCGGACCAGCUCACCAUCGACGGCGACCCCGUCUACGGCGAACUCAGCAUCCUCUUCCUGCUCGAGCUGUCGAGCAUCCUGCCCAUGGCCGAGACGCUCGCAGUCGAGGGCGUGCUCUCGCGCCUCAGCACCGCCAACCUCAUGAACCACUACCGCAAGCCCAAGGGCAUGGGCCCGUUCGACGAGCCCGCGCGCCUCUUCUCCCUCUGGUCGCGCGGCAUCCUGCCCCUCUGCCUGAACCUGCUCGAGGCAGUCGGCUCACCCGUAGCAGCCGAAGUCGCCACCUUCCUAAACCAGUUCCCGACGCAGCUCGCGCGCGCCUCGGCCGCGCUCAACGCAAGCGCGAAACCCUCGCCCGCGCACCCCAACGCGGGCACAGUGACGCUGGGCGCGGCCAGCGAGGCGCACUCGCUCGCCCUCAUCGCUAUGGUCCUCGACCACUUCCGAACGGACCCCGCCGCGGCCACGAUGGGGGAGAUCCCGGCGCUGGCGUGGGACCGCGCCGCCGUCAAGGACGACGUCGAGACGUGGCUGCAGGGGCGCAAGAGCCUCCGCGAGCGCGUCGUCCCGCUUACGGAGCGCGAGCUGGAGCUUGUUAAGGCGAGGGCGGUGGGGGGUGCUGGGCUGGGGGCUGGGGUUGCGGCGGCGGAGAAUCGGCUCGAGGAGAGGGUGGUGCUGGAGUUGAUGGGCGCGUUGGACUGCUUGAAUGCGCCGGGGGCGGGGGGGAGUGCUGCGUAGGUAGGU